AUGGAGGAUGGAGAGUUUCACAAUGGCUCGGUUGGUGGCGAUGAGCUGAGUUUGGUGAUUGAGGCUACCGUAGAUGAGAAACAGCAGCAAGGGGUCAAGCGGGCGCGAGAUGAAGUAGAAGACGAACUGGUGAUGGAGUAUGACCUCGCCGAGGCCAUUUCCCGCAAUGAAGAAGAAGCAGAUGAGACCGCCGCAACGCCCUCGGAUGCCAAGCGUGCCAAGAUCACGCCUGUUGAAGAGGCCAAAAUUAACACCAUUCACCUGACUUCGCAGUACGACAUCUCGGUUCGCGCGCCCCAUGUGGAAAGCGUGCUCGAACUGCCGCCCGAGGUCAUGCUCAAGAUCUUUGUGUAUCUUGGUUUCGUUGAUUUGGCCAACUGUGCUCUCGUGUGCCAUCAAUGGAAGGCCGUUUCAAGCGACGACGCCCUAUGGAAGAGGAUGUACUACGAGGUUUGGGGCACGAAUGCGAAAACUUGGAAGCAGCUCUUUGCAUCGCACUAUCCCGACCAUGAACAAAUCGACAUGCAGCAACUCAUCCAAGCAAUGACCAAGCCGAGAGGCAGCAGAUCGAGGCGCAACAUCAUGGGCCUGUACAGGCUGGACAAGAGCUACGACGGCAAGAUUGACAAUCUCGAAUACCCGACGCUCUUCCGGGACGUGUGGGCUCUCUCGUCGGUAGACCUGAAGAGGAUCGUCGCCAACGAAGUCGGUCUCACCGCCCGUGCCGACCUCCCCGUGCCGACCUCUUUUGAGCUGAGCAUUACAAUGCAACGGUUUGGAGGGACCUCGAGCUGGAAGGAGAUCACGAGCUACGACCGAGCGCAGACCAUUCUGUGGGAGAUGCUCCGCUACGAGGGCAACAGCGAAACUAAGACCUGGAUGUCGGAGGACGAGGCCAACAGCUGCACCGAGUGGCUGUUUGGCUAUUUCCCCUACAAGACGAUGAGCGACCAGCAACUGCGCGCGAUCAUGGCCAGCAAGGCACUCGAGAAGGCAGCCUGGCAAGCCAGGCAUGGCCAGCAGGACGAGCAGGAGCAGGAGGAGGUCGUCGAGGCCGGAAACGAGGAGGAGCAAGAAGAAGAGGCGGUCGUACGGAUGCCUGGCGCAGGCGUCGUGGGUGUCGGCGAGCGAGUCCGCGCGUCACAAACUGUACACUACCGGUUGAUCGGUGGCGAGCUCAUCAGGGACGACGUGGACCACGAUGAUGAAGAAGAGGAGCACGGCUAUGCGAUGGAAAGCCUAGCCCCUGCAACGACGACCUCCUCUACCACAACCACCUCCACGACCACGACGACGGCCAACAACGACAAUGCCAUCCUCGAGGAAGAAGUGCUCGUGUUCGACGAGAACAACAACUCUGCGCCUCCAUCGUCUGCACCCGCUCCCGAGGCGGAGGACAAGACCCUGACCGAAGACGUGCACGUGGUAGAGAUGGAACCGAUCCAGGUAAGCGAAGUCAUCAUCCACGAAGGGCACCCGAACGUCUCCGGUGCCAACAACGACUCUUUCAAGGAGGAGAUCAUCUUGGAGGAGGAAGAGGAGGGAGUGCAGCCCGAAUGCGAGCCCAUGGCCGAGGAGAUCGUCGUUAUCGAAGAGGCGGAGCCCGCUGUUGGCGAGGAGCUGGCGCAGCAGCCACCGGAGCCGACCCUCAACGAACCGAGCGAAGGCGCAGUGCGCCCCGAAGAGUCCGUGACCGCCGACGCCAUGAACGCCAUCGCGACGGACGCCGCGGCGGCGGCGGAGGCCGAGCCGCCCAAGCCCACCGAUGAAGCCGCGGAGGGAGAACAGGAGAUUGCGCCGGAGCCGAGAGGCCGGAGCCAGGUGGCUCGAUUCUUCCACACGGGCUCCUUCAAGGUGGCCAACGACGGGACCUUUGUUUACGGCUUCGCUGCGAUCUCGUCGUCGCGCUUCUGCACCUACUGGCUCGUGGCCGAGGACGCCGACGACAGCACCUUCGCCUUUUAA